AUGUUUCCCCAGCUGAGAUUUCAGCGCGCCAGAGUGGCUGCUCUCGGGAUUUUUGCUUCGGCCUCACUGGUCGCCGCAGGGCCCUGUGACAUCUAUGCCUCCGGUGGAACACCAUGCGUGGCUGCACACAGCACCACUCGAGCGCUUUACAGUUCCUACACCGGUCCCCUGUACCAGGUGAAGCGCGGCUCGGACGGGAGCACGACUACAAUCUUGCCCCUUUCCGCCGGAGGUGUCGCCAAUGCCGCCGCACAGGACGCCUUCUGUGCUGGUACCACCUGCCUGAUCACCAUCAUCUAUGACCAGUCAGGCAGAGCAAACCAUCUCACUCAGGCCCCUCCUGGUGGCUUCCAGGGCCCAGAGCCCAAUGGCUAUGACAACCUCGCCAGUGCCACAGGCGCCCCUGUCACGCUGAACGGACAUAAAGCCUAUGGGGUCUUUGUUUCUCCAGGCACCGGAUACCGCAACAACAACCCGAGUGGUAUAGCUAAGGGGGACGAGGCGGAGGGCAUGUAUGCGAUCUUUGAUGGCACUCACUACAACGGUGGUUGCUGCUUCGACUACGGAAAUGCCGAGACCAACAGCCGUGACACCGGCAACGGCCACAUGGAAGCCCUUUACUUUGGCGAUAACACCGUGUGGGGUUCCGGAGCCGGCAGCGGUCCCUGGAUUAUGGCCGACCUUGAGAACGGCCUGUUCUCGGGUGCCAAUCCCAAGAACAACCCCGCUGACCCCUCCGUCUCGCACCGGUUCCUCACUGCGGUCCUCAAGGGCGGGCCAAACAAGUGGGCGAUCAAGGGCGCCAACGCCGCCUCCGGCUCCCUGUCGACGUACUACAACGGCCCCCGCCCUAACGCGUCUGGCUACAACCCGAUGAAGAAGGAGGGUGCCAUCAUCCUCGGCAUCGGCGGCGACAACAGCGUCGGCGCGCAGGGCACCUUUUACGAGGGCGUCAUGACCUCCGGCUACCCCAGCGACUCGACCGAGAACUCGGUGCAGGCUGACAUCGUUGCGGCUAAAUACGCCACCACCUCGAUGACGAGCGGGCCCGCGCUGAGCGUCGGGUCGUCCAUCUCCCUGCGCGCCACGACGCCCGGCUUCGACACGCGCUACCUGGCACACACGGGAUCCGCCGUGAACACCCAGGUUGUCACGUCGUCCAGCUCCGGUGCGCUCAAGCAGCAGGCCAGCUGGACCGUGCGCACUGGCCUCGGCAACAGCGCCUGCUUCUCCUUUGAGUCGAGGGACACGCCUGGCAGCUACCUACGGCACCACAACUUUGAGCUACAGCUCGUCGCCAACGAUGGGAGCAAACAGUACCGCGAGGAUACUACGUUUUGCCCGCAGGCUGGUCUUAGCGGCGAGGGUAGCUCCAUUAGGGUAUGGAACUACCCCACGCGGUAUCUGCGCCAUUAUAGCAAUGUCCUCUACGCCGCGAGUAACGGUGGUGUCCAUACUUUUGAUUCUGCUACGUCGUUCAACGAUGAUGUAACUUGGAUGGUCAGCAGUGGUUUUGCUUGA